AUGGAUAAAAAUUUUCCCUCUAAAAAUGAUUCGACAAAUCCUUCAUUAAUAGAUUUAUUAAGAAAAUAUACAUCUCGAACUGAGGAACGUGAUACUGUACAAAAAGAAGAUCCACGUAUCAAUCGACCACCACAACAACAACAACCAAACGUUCAAACAACGAAUCUCAAUGAAGAUCGAAUGAAUCUAGAUUAUAAAGCAAAAUGGGAAGAAUCAGAAGCAAAAUAUCGUGCAUUAGAAAAAAAACAUCAGCAAUUACAAAAUAGUACUGUUAAACAAUUACAAAAUAAAAUCGAUCAACUUCAACGAGAUUCUAAUCAAUUAAAAAUAGUUAAAGAACGCAUUGCAGAAGUAUGUUCAUGUCGUCAGUUAACAAAUAUUCAAAUUGAUCAAUUGAAAUUACUUGUGAAUAAUGAUUUUCCAACUGAAAUAAUUGCAAAUAAAAAUGAUUUUCAUCAACAAACAUUAAAAUUACGUGAUAUUAUUGUAAAACAUAAUGAUGAACUUUUAAAUAAAUUUCAAGUUAUGAUACAAGGAAAAAGAAAAAGAAAUCAAUUUGAAAAUGAUUUAUCAGAUGACAAUAAUGAUAAUUAA